GCGAAGAAGCCGCUAACCUAAAAUUCUUUGAAACAUUAUUUACAUUUUUCUUUUCACUUUUACAUUAAAAUAUUAAGAUUUGAAUAUUUUUUAAAUUUGUAAUAUGAGCAAAAAGAUUUUCUACUCGUUAAUGUUACCUUUUAUAAAAUACAGAGCAGUUAUUAUAUUAUAAAAUAUAAUAUUUUAUAUAUUAAAUAAGACGCAAUUAUGUCUGAAAAAAAGGAGGACUUUGAUGUUAAUCAAGUUUUUGAAAAUCUAUUAUUCGCGGAAGAGCAAGCGCAGAAAUCUGGUUACACAGAUGGAUAUGAAAGUGGUCAAAACAGAUUAUUGAAAGGAUAUCAUCUUGGAUAUCAUAGAGCUAGUUUAGUAGCUGCUCAAUUAGGAUAUUAUUGUGGUGUUAUAGAGCAGUAUCUACAUAGUAAUAAAACUGCUAAUGAGAAGGUUAUAUCAUUGGCUAAUGAAAUUUUAGAUAAUAUUCAUCAUUUUCCUAAACAUAACGACGAUACUACAGAUAUUUUAAAGACUUUAGAAAAUAUUAAAUUCAAGUAUGUUAAAUUUUGCUCCUUAGCAAAAUUAAAUCCUGUAUAUCCUGAAGCUAACAAACUUGAAUUUUGA